AGCUUGCCUUCCCAACCUACAGGGUACCACUGGAAUGACUAGCCACAUACGAAGUCACUCAGUCCACGGCCCCAUGAAAGGCCAUCCCGUGGCUCGACAUUACCCAAAUAUCCCGAAGCAGAAAGUGGUCCUCUCUUACGCUACUGGAGCCACCCUGAAUCCAGCCGACUACGGUUUUCAACCGCAUGAAUUGAAACUGAAAAAGUCUAAUGAAUUUAUUAACGAGGGAUAUUGCUAUCGUUGAUGAUAUGGGGUUUUCAUAUAUCCUUGUCUUGUUCUUGUUUUUUUUUUUGGGUGUGUGAUUUUCAUGAUGAGGUAAUUUUGAUUGAUGUAAGAUGGGUGCUUUCAAUCACCUUCGAUGCCCAAGAAAGAUAUCUAUUCUUGUCUGUUAUUCCUUCAUUUUGUUGUUUGUCAACAUUGUUUUUAAUUUAUUUGUCCAUUUGGAUCUAGAGCCAUACCAUCAUGGAUUAUGGUUCUUUGAUAAACUACCUGCUUUAAUAAUUUUAAACAUAUAACUUUGACUGCUUUGUGUAAAUGUAACUACUGUCCUAUAAAUACUUUUGCUUGAGUUUAUGUACUAUGGUGGUUGUACAUUGACUCAUCCAUCUUUAUGAUUUUUCACCAUUUAAUUUUCAUAUAAAGUAUUUUAUUUACUUUUCAUAUAAAAUGUAUUAACUGCUGUGGAUCAUUUGAUCAGAAUGAAAUUUGGAAGGGUAUACUUGACGAUAUGAAUCAUUUGAAAAAUAAAUGCAUAUAUAACACAAAAGAAAACAGUGCGACAAAAAUCCGGAUGAGAUGGUGUCUUGGAAGACCUGUAAAUUUAAUUUGACAUAACUUGGUGCAUCCAAGAUACUUGAGAGAUAGCAAGCUUAACAAUUGGAAGGAAGAAAAAUCAAUCCAACGGCAUCUUAGGAAACAUUAGAAAAUAAUGAACAAAACAAUGGCUAUGUAAUAUAAACAGCACCACUGUUCCUUGGAUCGCAAUCCGGUCAACGAGCAGGGGAGCCACGGCCACCACCUUAUCGACGGCCCCAGAUCAAGACACAGGAGAGAACCCGGGAUUCCCCGCCCCGACGAGAUGGACCCAAUGGCUUCUGCCCUCAAGCUGUAAUAAUUAAUAAACUAAGACGGAAGAAACUUGGCGUUUUCCGCAUGCGCUAAAUUUGGGUUCGGAUUGUAUCUUUCGCGCGAAAGAUUGAUUGAUCUUGUUUCACGACGUAGACCGUUGGAUCGCGCCCCGCGCAGAUCGCAAAGCACUCCAAACGCUCCAUUUGUCCCACUGCAUUUAGUUCUGGAGGCGAUCAUUGCGCGAUCCAACGAUGGAUUCGCGCGAAGCAAGGUGAAUCCUCCUUUCGCGCGAAAGAUGGAACCCCGGUCGGAUAAAUUUAGUGCCCUACUUCCGUAAGAGAGCUCCCUUGUACCAUUCCACGACAGGUGGGUCCCAUCGUAAAGUUCCCCGCCACACGUUCAUGAUUGGGUGCGCAUCUGGGUGUUUGUUGGAGUUUUCUCCCGACGCGUUUAAGAAAUCCGGUUUGUCUUAUUUUGGACAUCCUCCUGCUCGUCUUGGCACAUUUUUUUCAGCAAGUUAGACGACUUUUCUUUAGAUUUUUUAGUCCGUUUGCAUUCUUUUAGAAUCGUGGAUGCGUAAAAACUCACGGAAAAACACCUUUUUGUUUUUAUUUUCCCUUUCUGAAUCUCAAAGAUUUGCGAGCAGAUUUGAUCCAGAUAGGAGGAUCAAUUCGAGGGGAUAUUGUUUCUUUGGGAUCUGGAUCUAAAGAUGCAAUCUUUUAGAUAAAUUCCAAGUUCUUGGGGAAGACUCGAGCUGAGUCUCAGUGAAAGAUCUCCGUUUUCUGCACAUAUUUUAACUUGUUUCUCGAGGAGAUCUGGGCAAAAAAUAGAAGCCACUAGUUUCCAAAUGGGAACCCCGGUGGCUUCUCAGGCUUCUGAGGACAAGGAGAGUGUCGAGGAGACGAUUGGACUGACCGGCGACGCUCCAAAGGAGAAGGAAGCUAUUGAAGUCGAACAGCGGUGCCGAUGGUCCCCUUUCAGCUGGUUCCGAAUGCUUGCCGACGAGAUGCAUUGGAGCUUUGUGUUCGGCGUGGUCACCGUGUAUGGAAUCAACCAAGGAUUGGGCGGCGCCAUUUGGAGAGUGGCCUCGGAUUACUACUGGAAGGAUGUUCAGAAGGUGCAGCCAUCGGCAUCUCAGGUCUAUCAGGGGAUAACUUCCCUCCCCUGGAUUGUCAAGCCUCUGUGGGGCCUUCUCACUGAUGUUCUUCCCAUGGCCGGGUAUCGGAGGCGGCCAUAUCUUAUUCUCGCAGGUCUUUUGGGAGUUAUCUCUAUGCUUAUGCUGUCUCUGCACCAAAAACUGCAUGUUGUGUUUGCUUUGUUGGCCAUGACCGCAGGAAGUGCUGGGGUGGCUAUAGCGGAUGUGACUAUAGAUGCUUGUGUUGCUCAAAACAGUAAAAAUCACCCUGCACUUGCUGCUGACAUGCAAAGCUUAUGUGGAUUAAGUUCAUCCAGUGGAAGACUUCUGGGUUUUUCUAUCAGCGGCUUACUAGUUCAUGCAAUUGGUUCUCAGGGGGUAUUUGGUUUGAUGGGUAUCCCUUUUGCACUGGUAUUUUCAGUUGGAAUAGUGCUGAAGGAGACGCACACACCAAACUUUCCUUAUAAACAGGUAUACCAGAAGUUUUUGCAAGCCAGCCAAACUAUGUGGACAACUUUGAGAUGCCCUGAUGUAUGGAGGCCUUGUUUAUACAUGUAUAUGUCAUUUUCCCUAAGCUUGAACAUCCACGAAGGAAUGUUCUAUUGGUACACAGAUUCAACUUCAGGCCCAUCUUUCUCUCAGGGUGCAAUCGGCUUCAUUUUUGCGGCUGGUUCAGUGGGUUCCCUGCUUGGAGUUUUGCUCUACCAAAAUGUUCUGAAGGAUCAUCCAUUCCGUGGCUUGCUUUUCUGGAGUCAGUUGCUUUCUAGUUUAUCAGGAAUGAUGGAUUUGAUUUUGGUACUUCGUCUAAACCAGAAGUUUGGGAUGCCUGAUUAUUUCUUUGUUGUGAUUGAUGAGUGUGUUUCUCAAAUGGUUGGCCGGCUCAAGUGGAUGCCGCUACUGGUGCUUAGCUCCAAGCUCUGCCCCCAGGGCAUUGAAGGCACCUUUUUUGCUUUGCUUAUGUCCAUGGAUAAUGCUGGCUUGCUCACAUCAUCAUGGGGUGGUGGCCUGCUGCUUCAUAUGCUUAAGGUUACUCGAGUGGAAUUCGGUAAUCUCUGGGCUGCUAUAUUGAUUAGGAACAUAAUGAGGGCGUUACCAUUAGCUCUUUUAUUUCUAGUUCCUAAUGCUGAUCCAAAUUCUACCAUUCUUCCUGCUGACAUUCUUACUGGAAAUGAUAACACGGAAGCUAAUGAUGCAGCAGCAAUUGAUAUCGAACUCGUCUCACUUGUUAACAAAAGGUGAUGGUGAAGCAGGAGAAUUACCCAUAUGUCAUAUUUGAGACAUGCUUGAUAUUUUGAUUCCAUCAAAAAUUUUCCCAUGUAUCAUCCAAAUGAGCUCAGAGAUGCAUUGAUUGGUCAUAAAUAACAAGACUGGGAUGCUACUUGUGGAACCAUAUGGUGGUGACAGAUAGUAAAGCAGAGUUAAGAAACCUGCUGGAAUUCGACUUCAUUGUUUUUACUAGGAUAUCAUGAUCUUUGAAUAAGGGAAGAUUCUUUAUUUCUUUCUUGUUAAAGAUUUGUCUUGUAUCCAAUUCCUUUGUAUACUGUUGAGUUAAAAACACCAGUUCGAGCUGCCUGUUGACUGUAAGAGAACCAAGGAUUUCUUAACCUAGUGGAGCCAUAUCUUUUUCUUCUGCAGUA